AUGCCGAAGAUCAAGAAGCCUCCAUUAACCGAGCGAGAGAGGGGGAGGAUUGACGGCCUAUUUGAGGCUGGAUCCUCCAAGCGCGCCAUCGCGCGCAGCCUCGGCCACAGCCCCGACACCAUCUGCCGUGCACUGGCUCCCAAGCCUCCACCCAAGGCACGCAAGGCCGCGAAGCCCCCCAAAAGAAGCGGAGCGCCCCCAGCACUGACAGACCGCGAGGUCAGGCGUCUUGUGCGCACUGCAUCGCGUGGCGAGCACUCGGCGGCGCAGUUGAAAGCCGAGUUGGGCCUCGGCGUGCACGUGAGGACCAUCCAGCGUGUCUUCUUGUGGGUCGACUGGCUGGUCUUCACGAAAAUGGUCAACACGCUUCCGCUAAACCCGGAAGACAUGGCCGCACGCUUCACGUGGGCAACGGAGAAGCUGUUGCUGAAAGACGCGGUCCUAUUGGGAUUCCAUUAUCUUCUCUGA